CUGUCCCUGAUUCCUCCGCCACCGGCUACCUCCCUACCCGGUUCCCCACACGUGCUUCACCACCACACACGUACCUAUCAUUCCCCUCCUUUCCUGGUGCAACAAAUAAAAGCAAGGGAGAUAGACCCAAGAAAUGGAGAGUGUAGAACCAAAGAAAAUUUUCUCUUCUCAUCCUCUAUUAGUCUUGUAGUGACUACUAUUUUCAUAUGGGUUGGGUUUUUGCACUCUCUUUCUAUUACUUUUCCUUCUGACUCUGAAGUCUGAAACUUGAUCAGUUCUUCAUCUGGGUUUUCGAUUUUCUGAAAUUAAUAAGUCAGAGUCAUCUGGGUUCGUUUCGUUUUUUUUUGGGUUUCUUUUCUCUUGUCAAAUCUUUUUCUGGGAGAGGGAAAAUCUUGUGUUGUUGCAGAGAUGAGGAUCAGGAAAAGACAGCUGCCGUUUCCUCUCUCAUCCUUUCUGUCUUCAGAUCCCCACUUUAACCGGUCACCGGUGGUGCAACUCAACAACCCACAUGGAAAUCUCACCCCUCACCCGUCUGAUCGUCCUAAUCAUCACCCGAUCGGCGUCCAAACCGCCGUUUCUGAUUCCUCUGACAAGAAGAUGGAGCGAGAUUGCUUGGAGUUGAAGCAAGAAAGACCCACUACAGCAGCGGCGGCGGCGGCGGCCGUACAGGGGCAGGAAGGGGAGGAGAGAGGAGAGGUGGAGCGGAAGAGUAAUGAUACCAGGAAGAAAAGUAUUCUGGGUGCAGAUGUGGGUUCUGGGUCUGGUUCUUCUUCUCGUCAAGCUGGGGAGAGAUGGUACGAGGAAGAGAAAGUGUUUCCAUUGAAGAAGAGAAGGGGGAGGUUCGUUGAGGAUGAUGUGAUAAUGGAGAAAGAUAAGAAGGCGAAUGCGAAGAUGAAAGCCAAGAUGAACAAGAAAUGCGUGCAACAACAAAACGAUAAUGAUCCAGAAGAGAUUAAAGAAGUUGAUGGUGGCAAUACUACUACUACUGGUGCAAGGAAGAGGAGUAGAGGUGGUGCACUAAUGGAGGGAUCGCGGUGCAGUCGUGUUAACGGGAGGGGAUGGCGGUGUUGCCAACAAACUCUUGUUGGUUAUUCUCUUUGUGAGCAUCACCUCGGUAAAGGACGUUUGAGGAGCAUGAACAGCGUCAGAAGUCGGUCCUUGGCUAGUACUGGUACUACUGCACCCGAGAAGGACAACUUGGACCACGAGCCAUUGUCUAGUUCUUCAUCCUUGCAGGAUAAAAAUGUUGUUGUGAUAGAUGGUGAUGGCGAUCAGACUGGGAACACAGAUAUGGAUGACAAGAAGCCUUUGAUGACGACGACGAUGAAGAAGAAGAUGAAGCUUGGCAUGGUUAAAGCUCGAUCCAUAAGCAGCUUGCUGGGGCAAACAAACAAUGCACUUGCAUGUGCAGUUGAUGAGGACAAGUAGUUCGUUAAAGGCAGAUGAACUACACCGAGACUCUAUAGCUAGAAUUUGAUAUAUGAUCAUGUUAGAAAGGAAUAUCAUCAAGGUUCUUUUGGGUAUUUUGAGUGGAUAUAUAUAUAUAUAUAUAUAUAAAGGUAAAGUUUGAGGUUUACAUUAGAGACUGGUGCAACUGUGAUUGAGCUUCCAUUUCUCUGUAUGAGAUUCUUGAGGAAGAACAGAUGCUUGAUAAAGUGUUUUCACUUAUCGUUUUCUUCUUUGCUUUUUGAUUUUUUGUUCUUGUGCUUUUUUAAUUAUGUAAGGUGAUGUGGGUUUAAUAUUAAAGAAAGUAGAUAUAAAUAUGGAGUUUGUUU